CCUUAUAUAGUCCUCUGAGUGUCCACCUGAUGCUGAACUGUGCUUUUGUGAGCAGCACAGAAGCAGAUCACCAUCAUGAGUGAGGUCACCAGGAAUUCUCUGGAAAAAAUUCUUCCACAGCUGAAGUGCCAUUUCACCUGGAACUUAUUCAGGGAAGGAAGUAUCUCAAGUCAUAUAGAAGACAGAGUGUGUAACCAGAUUGAGCUUUUAAACUCUGAGCACAAAGCAACAAUGUACAACUUGUUGGCCUAUAUAAAACACAUAGAUGGUGACAACGAGGCCGCCCUGGCCUGCUUAAAGCAAGCUGAAGACUCACUGGGUCCAGAGCAGGAUGAUCAGGCAGACAUCACACGUCUGAUCACCUGGGGAAACUAUGCUUGGAUCUACUACCACAUGGAGCUGCUCUCAAAAGCGCAGGUUUAUGUCGACAAGGUGAGACAUGUGUGUAAGAAGUAUGCAAAUCCUUACAGCAUGGAAUGUCCGGAACUUGACUGCGAGGAAGGAUGGACACGCCUGAAGUGUGGAAGGAAUGAAAGAGCCAAAAUGUGUUUCUUAAAGGCUCUAGAAGAGAAGCCUAACGAUCCAGAGUCUUCGUCCGGGCUCGCAAUCGCCACGUGCCGUGUAGAACAAGCACAGAAGCAGUUCUCUGUGGAUGCUCUGAAGCAGGCCAUGGAGCUGAAUUCUAAGAAUGAGUAUGUCAAAGUCCUCUUGGCCCUGAAACUGCAGAAGACGGGAGCGGAAGCUGAAGGAGAGCAAUUGGUUAAAGAUGCCCUGAGAAACGCUGCUGAUCAAACAGAUGUCCUGCAAAAGGCAGCCCAGUUUUACCAGAAAAAGGGUAACAUAGAGAGAGCUAACACAUUCCUUAUAAGAGCACUGAGAUCCACAGAAAACAACACUCCCCUUUACUGCUUGGUCAUGUACCGUUACAGGGGAAUGCUGGAGCAAUUGCAGAAAACAGGACAUGCUGAAACCAGUGACAGCAGAGAGAAGAUGGAAGAACUGAGAGGAUUAAUUAAAGAGUACAUGCAUCAGGCUCUUCAGAGGAAGCGAAGCCCUCUGAACUCCUACUCAGAUCUCAUCGAUUUCCCGGAAGUCGAAAGAUGCUAUCAGUUCGUCUUCAGCAAGGAGAGCCCCAGUGCUGAGGAACAACAGCUCUACCAGAGCUAUUGUGACCUCCAGGACUAUCACCGGCAGUCUGAAGGCCUCGCUGCCCUGAAGGCUUUCCUGCAGUCCUGCAGUCUCACAGGAACAACAUCCGCUGAGAAGGAAGAGAUGAAACAGCAAGCACAGGCUGCAGAUGAAAACCCGCAGCGGCAAGAUGAGCUGGAUUCUUGGCCUCUCUAGGGAAUAAAUCAGAAGCCCAGUGGACAGACACUCCUUGGUGCUCAGGCAGCCUUUCCUUGACAGCAUCCAAGCCUGAGGACAACAGGAAGUGUCCCAGAGUGUGGCACUCAGUUCUGCCUUGUGAGAGAAGUGUGCUGUGGAAUGGUGCCUACUGGGUGUGGAGAUGUAGGAGCCCUCCUAAGUGUUGCUGAACAUGUUUCUUUUGCUUAAUUGUGUUAACAAACACUCUUAAAGACUUGCUUCCUUGGAGGUGACUCCCCUGUCCAUCUUAGCUGUAUAAUUUUCCAGUCAACAGGUCUUAUCACAAAUCACAGAUGGAAACAGGACUCCAGGCUCACAUGGCACUUUUUGAUUACUAUUUUUUUUUUUUUUUUUUGCCCUGUGAUAUAUGACAACUGCCAGAAAAAAAUUAGUUUUAUUUCUUCAUUUCCUUUCAGUGUAGCCAUCCAAACCUGAAAGAUUAGCUUUUGCCUAACCCUAGAAUAUUCUUUUCUUCCUAUUUUUUUUUUUUUUAUUUCACCUUGUGUCUGUGUGUAUUCCUGACAAUGAUCCUAUGGUAACUGUGUAUAACAACCUGGAAUGCUGUAAUAAAUCUAAGUUUGAACUCAGA